CUGUCAAGUUCGAAAAGAACAAUAAAAAACGCCCUCCUCUUAGUCUUCGGACCGUUCUCUCAAUUUGAAAAAGCUCGCGGAGAUCUCAAAUGUGCCAUGGAUAUAUUGAGUCCUCGCUCUCUGACUGCAUUCGGACGUCUGUGGUCUUUCUUUUGUUAGAGGAAUCUAUCAUCGCCUUCCUUUGUUCCUGAUGAUGGUUUGGAGAUCUUUCUCUCUGGAGUUCUGCAACCGACUGGGGAUUGGGACUUCUUUCUUCGCUCAUCAGUUAAGGGACGAUGGCAAGUGACAAGGAAAAGGGUGCUAAGAAAGGUGAAACUUCUGCAUCUCCUUCUACUGCUGUUCAGGAUGGGAGUAGUGAUGAGCUUCAAAGACAGCGGCUAUUGCAUGGGAGGACCACUGGUCCAACACGCCGCUCAACCAAAGGGCAGUGGACACCUGAAGAGGAUGCAAUAUUGUGCAGAGCUGUCCAAAAGUUUAGAGGGAAAAAUUGGAAAAAGAUAGCCGAAUGUUUUCCAGAUAGGACCGAUGUUCAGUGCUUGCACAGGUGGCAGAAGGUUUUAAAUCCUGAGCUUGUGAAAGGACCAUGGUCAAAAGAGGAAGAUGAGAAAAUCAUUCAAAUGGUAAAUAAAUAUGGACCAAAGAAGUGGUCCACCAUCGCUCAAGCAUUACCUGGACGUAUUGGAAAACAAUGCCGAGAAAGGUGGCACAAUCAUCUUAACCCUGCCAUUAACAAGCAGGCAUGGACUCAAGAAGAGGAGAUAACGCUGAUUCAUGCUCAUCAAAUUUAUGGAAACAAGUGGGCGGAGUUGACAAAAUUUUUACCAGGCAGGACAGACAAUGCUAUAAAAAAUCACUGGAACAGCUCUGUAAAGAAGAAAUUGGACUCAUAUAUGGCAUCAGGUCUCCUUGCCCAAUUCCAAGGCCUGCCUCAUGUGGAAAAUCCUGCCCAGUGCAUUUCUUCAUCUGUAGUGAAUCAACAGAACAGUGACAAUAGUGGCUUUAAAGACAGGCAAGAGGUUGAGUAUUCAUCAGAAUGUAGUCAAGGGUCAUCAUCAGCCUUGGUCGGUUGCUCUCAAUCUGAUUAUGAAUUGGCUAAUACAGUUCCACUGCAUGAUGAUAUAAAACUUGGGGAGGAUGCCAAGAAAGAAGAUAUACAAAAUUCUCAGUUGCCAAUGUGCUCCGAGGAAUAUUACACUUCCAUGGAGGAAAUUGCACGUGUUCUCCCUGAAAUACAAUGUGGAGAUGAUGUUGCAGUAACUGCUCCCUGUCAUCGUGUACACGAGGUUGAAGUAUCAAAAAGCUUGGCUAACCAAAUGAUUUCAGAAGAAUUGACCAACUCUUUGCUGGAGUCCACACAGAAAUCACCAGAGUUAAAAAGGACAACAGAACACCGUGCACACUGUGUUGAAAAUUAUGAAAGCAAAUCUGGUUCUUUACCAGAUCCUGUGGGAAUGGAAAUGCCUACUUCUGUCACAAACAGUGGUUUAGGAUCUGACAACCAGGGUCAACUUUUGAUUGCUGAAGCUGACUGCUGUAGCGAUAAUUUAUUUGGAGCAGCAAUGCAUCAAGAUAUUACUCUGGGAGAUCCUUUUACUGCACCAAGCAUUACAAAUAUCGGUUACAACUCUGGAUCUGUAAAUUCCCAACCUGAUUUUUGCAGUUCUUUGGAUUAUAGGGAUUUGAUUUCAUGCUCACAGCCUCUAUAUCUAAUCAAUUCAUCAGAUAUGUUGGGGAAUUCAUAUUGUCAGGGCUUGAUGACUGUAGUUCCACCAUCUUAUGUUUGUCCAGGUGAUGGAAAACCAACAUAUGGAAGUGAUGAUGUGGACAUGAGAGAGAUUUCUGUAGGAACUCAAGAUUCAGAACUCAUUACAUGCACGUACGGUGGCUUUGCUUAUUCCAGCUGCUCUUCUUUAUUAUCCCCCAGUGGUGGUGCCAGAUCUAAGAUUUGUGCCCCUGCAGACAGGGGCAAGGAAACUGAAAGUCCAAAGCAAACCUAUAUGGAAAUGAUGGGUUCGGAAACUCCAAAUGCCACUGGCAAAAUUACAUCACAAGAUGAAAAUCCAGCUAUACAGGCUGAAGAACAUCAGGACUCUGGAGCUCUAUUUUAUGAACCUCCUCGUUUUCCAAGUUUGGAAAUUCCAUUUGUCAGCUGCGACCUUAUAUCCUCUGGAGAUCUUCAGCAGGCAUACAGUCCCCUUGGAAUUCGGCAACUGAUGAUGUCUUCUACACCAUACAGCCUAUGGGAUUCACCUUCUCACGAUGAGAGUCCUGAUGCUUUACUUAGAAGUGCUGCCAAAAGCUUCAUAUGCACACCUUCCAUUAUGAAGAAACGGCAACGUGAAUUAUUGUCACCUUUGCAGGAACGGAGAAUUGACAAGAAAUCUGGGACAGACAUGGAUCGUGUGUUAUUUUUAACACCUAUAAGCAGAACUGAUAAUUCCUCCUUGAAUACCAUGAAUGAUGAAGGUGGCGCUUACAGAAAUUCUUCAUGCUCUAUUGAUGCAGAUGCUUUUUCCCCUUCAAAUCAUCAGAAAAAGAAACAUGAAUAUUGUUUGGAGGAUAAAGAAAAUUUGGAUCAUGCUCCAAGUUGUCAAAAGGAUGAAAGUGCUUCCAUGGAGGCCAGGAUUUCAAGCAAAGCAUCCAGUACCAGUAAUUUUCAAGCUAAGAUGAAACAAUGUGCAUCUACCAUCAGUGUCCCCACUAAACUUGAGGUUAAUGUUAGAGAAACGGAACAGCCUGCUGGAGUUCUUGUUGAACAUAAUAACAAUGACAUGCUAUUAUUUGCCACUGAUCGAGAUGGGCAUCCCAUAAAUGGACAUACGAGUACUGCUGCUAGGUCUUUAAAAGACCAGACUUUCAGAAGUAAUGAGGCUACACCAAAUAAGGAUAACUCAGCUGUUCCUUCUAAAUCCUUAUCUGAUUUUUCUGCCUUCCUGUCUCCUGGAGUUGGUGAAAGUGAGCAGGUACAGCAUCAGGUUCGAGUUACAUCAGCGCAAUGUGCUCCACGAGUGCAUCCAUCAGAGGUUUCAAUUGAAAAGCAUGGUUCAUCCAUUGACAUGGACCUUGAAAACUUAAACAUUUUUGCUGAUACCCCGGGCAUCAAAAGAGGGAUAGAAUCUCCUUCAGCAUGGAAAUCACCUUGGUUUAUGAAUUCACUUCUUCCGGGACACACAAUCAAUACAGACAUAACAUUUGAGGACAUAGGGUACUUCAUGAGCCCAGUAGACAGAACCUAUGAUGCCAUUGGACUGAUGAAACAGUUAAGUGAACACUCUGCUUCUGUUGUGGCUGAGGCACAGGAGGUAUUGGCAAGUGGAAGCCCUGGAGGGGUAUCGGACAAAAGGCACUCUGGCAAGGAAAACUUCCAGAAAGAAAAUAUUCAGUCAGACAAAGAAUUGGAAGAUCAUCCUAAUCCUAUGAUAUCAAAAGUCAUGACAGAGGCGAGAGUUCUUGAUUUCAGUGCAUGUGGAACACCUGUCGGGAAAACAGGAAACAAGAAUGUAGGCAAUAUGGAAACUUCAGUAAACUUAACAAGCCCAUCUUCUUAUCUCAUAAAGGGCUGCCGAUAGCUGGUUGUGGUUAUGCCAAAAGUAAAUAUCUAUGUGGUGAUGUUGUUAGUAAUGUAUAUGCCCCUUUCCAUUGUCACUCUAUUGAUUUAUUUUAUUCUGGCUUUUCGGGGUAUUCUUAUGUAUGUCCAGUUCAUUUUGGUCCUGCAUUUUUCCAAUUGCAGGACAGCUAAUUGGGUCCUUGAUGAAGAUUCUUGUCCAAAUAUAUAAUGUAUAAGUUUAUAUU